AAUAAGUCUCCAAUUCCAUCAGGUUAUCAGUAUCGCUUCGUGGUUCGUCUAGUUCAACUGGAAUUACUCAAGUCUACUUUUGAGACGCAAAAUUACAUAAUUUCUUCUUCGUCAAAAUGAAGGUCGAAAAAGUAGUUGGAACCUCCUACGAAGACAAAGGGCCAAAGCCCCCUUCUGGAAAAUUCACCCAUUUUGAUCACGUCACACUCUGGGUCGGAAAUGCAAAGCAGGCGUGCACCUACUACUGCGUACGGUUGGGAUUUCAACCGUUGGCGUAUCAAGGCUUGGAAACUGGCUCGAGGAAAGUUGCGGCUCAUGUAGUCCGCCAAAAUAAAGUCAUCCUUGUGCUCAAAUCCGCCUACGAGCCUGACGAUAAAGAAAUGGGAGAUCAUUUGGUCCGACAUGGCGACGCGACGAAAGACGUCGCCUUCACGGUCGAGGAUUUGGAUGAGAUUGUCAAGCGUGCCAAAGAGCGUGGUGCCACAAUUGUGCGAGAUAUUUGGGAAGAAUCCGACGAAAAUGGGAAAGUUCGAUUCGCCACGAUUCAAACGUACGGCGACACGACCCAUACGUUCGUAGAGCGUGGAGAUUACCAAGGUCUCUUUCUCCCCGGGUAUGGCAAACCACCCUUCGAAGACCCAUUGUGUGCAAAGCUGCCGUCAUGUGACUUGGAAAUUAUGGACCAUAUUGUUGGAAACCAGCCGGAUCUGGAGAUGGAGGAUGUGGCCAAGUGGUAUGAAUCGACCCUCAUGUUUCAUCGAUUCUGGUCCGUUGAUGACACCCAAAUCUACACCGAGUACUCUGCACUCCGUUCCAUCGUCAUGACCAACUGGGAGGAAACUAUCAAAAUGCCAAUUAACGAGCCGGCUGCAGGCAAGAAAAAGUCUCAAAUUCAAGAGUAUGUCGACUACUAUGGCGGAGCUGGCGUACAGCAUAUCGCCUUCAUCUCGAAGGAUAUCAUCAAAGCCGUAACGGCACUCCGUGCACGUGGGACUGAAUUUUUGGAAGUUCCCAAAGCUUAUUACACAACUCUGCGAGAAAAACUGAAAAAUUCCAAAGUCAAGGUUGCCGAGGAUCUGGACAUUUUAGAGUCCCUUCAAAUCCUCGUGGACUACGAUGAUAAUGGCUAUCUCCUCCAAAUCUUCACAAAACCGGUGCAAGAUCGACCCACCGUGUUCUACGAAGUUAUUCAGCGAUGCAACCAUACCGGAUUUGGGGCUGGAAAUUUUAAAUCUUUGUUCGAAUCAUUCGAGGUCGAGCAGGAUAAAAGAGGAAAUCUGUAGAAAGAUUCGACCCUUCUGGAUCAAACAUUCGUCUGCAAACCGUUUUCGGCAUACAAUUUCAGGAUGUAAAAUAAUUAUUGCAUGCAUUUUGUAGCAUAUUUUAAUAUGUUUCACCAUAACUGACAUAGAAUUACCAACCUUGCACUUGAAUAAAGAACAUCACAUUAAUUUCUUUAUAUGUACAUAAUUUAAUUUCUUUAUAUGCUAUUGUAAUCCAGACUUAGAUUCAACAGUUUAUUAAUUUAUAAAUUAAUAAACUGUAUUUAAUUAGUACUUAGGAUUUAAGGAUUACUCGUAAAAUGGUAAACAAGGUUGAAUUGAGACUUGUAUACAAAUUUUGUACAACUAUUUUUAUAGUUUUCUAGCUUAAGACUAUAGCAACAUGAUGGACAUGCUACAAGUAAUUAACCUUUAUUGGAUUAAUAAAUAUGUAAGUUCUGAAUCUAAAUAGAUACCUAUUGAUAUAUGUAAAACGGAAAACUCGCCUCCAUGUACAAAUAUCUGUUAAUUGUUACAAGCACGUCUAAUUGGUAAUGCCAACUUGACAUUUACAUUGGAAAGCCAGUAAAAUGCUCAUGCAUUUUGGGAAGAAUAUAUGUAGCAAUUGGCGGAUUUGUACUUAUAAUUAAUUAAGCUGUUUAGUUGUGUACAUUACUCAUCAUUUAAUUGAAUUUUCAUUGAUUUAGCCAUGUAUAGUAUGUAAUAAAUUGUAACAUUCAAAAGUUGAA